CACAUGGUGCCAUCAUGGCGGAAGCAAGUUCUAGUAGUGUGCCGAAAGAGUCGUCUUCAGAAGGCUUAAAAAUGGACUUAGAUACCAAGAAAGACGGCGGAGAGUUCACCAAAGUCGGGAAGAAGGCGCCGAGAAAGAGGAAACACGACGGUGCGGAGGCCAUGGACACAGACAAGCCCGCGAAGAGACCGAGUUUUCCCCCGAUCAGUCCGGACAAGCUACUGGAAGGUAAAGUAGACCUGAGGAAGAUCCCGGUCCCCCCGAACAGGUACACUCCCCUGAAGGAGAACUGGAUGAAGAUUUACACGCCUGUGGUGGAGCACCUGAAGUUACAGAUCAGGUUCAACCUCAGGACAAGACAUGUGGAGAUUAAGUCAUGCAAGGAGACCAGAGACGUCGGUGCUCUACAGAAGGGAGCAGACUUUGUACGGGCCUUUACCCUCGGCUUCGACGUGGAGGAUGCUUUAGCCCUGGUCAGACUAGAUGAUCUCUUCUUGGAAUCAUUUGAAGUUGCUGAUGUCAAGGCAUCUUUGAAAGGAGAACAUUUAUCCAGAGCCAUCGGCCGGAUAGCAGGGAAAGGGGGAAAAACAAAGUUUACUAUCGAAAAUGUUACAAAGACAAGAAUAGUUCUUGCAGACACAAAAAUCCACCUCCUUGGGUCCUUCCAGAACAUCAAGACAGCCAGAACAGCAAUCUGUAACCUUAUACUUGGGAGUCCUCCCUCCAAGGUAUAUGGACAGAUGAGAGCUGUUGCAGCGAGAUCUGCAGAAAGAUUCUGAU